AUGGGACUUUGUGCAAGUGCUUGUAUCUCAGACCGGACAACUGAAUUAGAAACAAUUCAUAAUGAAGAAUUAAUUAGCUCAGUGCUUGGAGUCCGCACCAACACUGACACAAAAAUCGAAGAAUUUUACAGUUUUACAGGCCAGACAAUCCCUUCAGACCUCGGCGUCAUAAGAAAAGCCAUCUCAAAGCUCAACUCAGCCCAAAAAGUUUCUAUAAGAAGCGUAUACAAAAAGAACCCAGAAGAAAACAUGGUUUUGCUCAAAAACGAAAUUAAUGUUCUCAGUAUUCUAGAUCAUCCCAAUAUAGUGAAAAUAUUCGAAGUUUUUGAAGACGAAAAUGUCUUCCACAUUGUAAUGGAGGAUUGUGAAGACUAUGGACUUUUAGAUAUCAUAAGGGAAAGAAAUAAAUUAAAAGAAGAUGAAGCUGCAAGGAUUAUUAAACAAGUCUUGCAAGCACUUGAUUACUUGCAUAGCAAAGAAUGACUCCAUGUCAAAUGACAGUGGAUUUUUGAUAGUAUACAUUUAAUUGGUCGAAAGUUUUAAAAUAUUGUGACAUUUGGUCGAAAUUUAACGGUUUUUUUCGUCUCACUUAAAAAAUAUCAACCAAUUUUCGACCAAAUGUACUUCGGUGAAAUGAAUGCUAUUAAAUAAUUGGACCCGCAAAGAAUAUGCACAUUUAAAAAUCAACCUGGACAAUAUAAAGCUGGUGGAUAACCAAGUUAAGAUUGUGGAUUUUACCAGAGCAGAAAUCAUAAAGCCACAUAAUAAAAGAAAAAUUAGUCAGUAUAAUGGAAUGCAACAUUUUGUGUCGCCUGAAAUUUUUGAUGGGAAUUUUGGGACGAAAAGUGACUCUUGGGCUGCAGGGGUGGUUGCUUAUUAUUUACUUCAUGGAGUUUUACCAUUUGAUGGGAACAGACAGCCAGAAAUUUCAAAGAAAAUUAUAGAUGGCAGAUACAAGAAAAGAAAAAACGAAAUAAGUUCUCUUGCAUUUGAUUUUAUAUCAAAUCUCCUUGUAGUCGACCCACAGCAGAGAUUCAGCGUCAAAGAUGCGUUAAAUCAUGCAUGGCUGAGGGAAGCUUUCCUUAAUAUCAAUUAA